AAUAAUUCCUAACUGGUCCUGCUUCAGUUUUCUGCUAUUAGAUUUAUAUUUUAUUAUUCACCAUUGUUUCCGUGGAAAUACCACACAAUGCUGCAACCUAAAGUUCUGACGUCGGUGCUAGGGCAAGCAAAUACUGGAGGCAUUGAAAACACGAUAUUGUUAACGCAUGAAGGCGCUUUGCUUGCAUUCUCCGGUUACGGAGACAGGGAUGCGACAAUAACAGCGGCCAUCGCUAGCAACGUGUGGUCUGCAUACGAAAAGAACGGUCGAAACGCGUUUCGGGAAGAUCGCUUACAGUACGUGUUUCUACAGUGCGAGAACGGAAACGUUGUUAUUACCCAAGUGGCCAAUCUACUGCUGUGUCUGUAUGCGAGGGACAACGUAGGAUUGGGCAUCCUGAAAGAGAAAGCGCAAGCGCUAGCAAACUAUCUGGAAGGACCACUGAAGGAAAUUGCGACAUCUUAGAAGCGGCGUUUUGGACAUUUGUCUUGGUCGGUUAAUGGGUAUUCUGGGAAUAAUACAAAGAGUUGAUUUAUG